AAAUUCACUUUGGCUUUGUUUUGUGCCCUUUUGGGUGUUGCUGCUGCUGAUGUAUCCCACUUGAGUGGCGCCUAUGAUUACCCAAAGCAGGACUCCGGUUACAACUAUAAUGGUCCAGUCCAGCAAGGUGGUUAUCAUUAUGAGGCUCCAGCUCAACCCCAACAAACCUAUUUGCCCCCUGCCCAGCCUCAGCAAACUUACUUGCCUCCUGCCCAACCCCAACAAACCUACUUGCCUCCUGCUCAACCUCAACAAACCUACUUGCCUCCGGUCCAACCCCAACAAACCUACUUGCCCCCUGCCCAGCCCCAACAAACUUACUUGCCUCCUGCUGAACCUCAACAAACCUACUUGCCCCCUGCUCAACCUCAACAAACUUACUUGCCUCCUGCUGAACCUCAACAAACCUACUUGCCCCCUGCUCAACCUCAACAAACCUACUUGCCCCCUGCUCAACCCCAACAAACAUACUUGCCCCCUAGUGAAGGUCUUGGCCAAGAUGGUUAUCAUUAUCGCACUGUCAAACGUUACCGUUUCAGAUCUCAUUAA